AUGUACCUCAAGUCCAUGUCCACGGCCGAUCUGCUGGUCCUCAUUUUCUAUGUUCUGCUCUACCGUAUCCUCCUCCCGCGUUUCCAUCAUGUCUUUUACUUGUAUACCUUCGGGUGCCGUCUGAUUUCAAUCCUGAUCGCUGCAGUGAUUGACUGCUCGGUCUGGCUAACAGUGUCCUUCACCUUCGACCGAUUCGUCAUCAUCUGCUUCCAGCGAUUCAGAAGAACAUACUGCUCCAUGAAGUGCGCGACGUUGAUAAUUACAGUGAUUUACCUCCUGACCUACUCCAGGAACCUCCCCUAUUACUUUGCAAUACUACCCAUCCAUGUGCACAAUAACAUACAGUUUGGCUGUAAGACAAAUCCCAACAUUGACACAUCUCCCGCGUGGCGAGCCUUCUAUUGGCUCCACACUAUUUUAACUCCAUUGGUCCCCUACGUUUGCGUGGUUCUGCUCAACCUCCUGACUAUUAGGCAUGUACUUGUGGCUAGUCAGAUCCGGCGGGGAUUUCGGGGAAGUGGAGGAGAAGCGGGAGACCCUGAGAUGCAAAGUCGGAGGAGAGCGCUGAUGUUACUCUUUGCUGCCUCAGCAAGUUUCAUCAUCCUUUGGAUGGCGACAGUUGGUCUCUUCCUGUUUUCGCGAAUCACGAACACUUACUUUUACCGGGACUUUAAUGAUCCAUUUGCUAUUGUCAAUGAAACCUCGCGCAUGCUUAGGGUUCUGAACUGCUCUACAAGCACCUGCAUGUAUGCGCUUACACAAGCAAGAUUCAGGGAGGAGCUGAGGAAAGCCAUGAAAUAUUGUGCUAAUAGGAUUAGUCAGUUUGUGACGGUGGCAAAUGGAUAG